AUGAAUUAUUUAUGAUAUAUAUCUACUGUAAAAGUCACAAAUUAGUCACAUACAUAUAUAUGAGUUGUAAACCUAAUACAAGAAGUAAAUAAGUAUGUAUGUAUAAUAAUUUAAAUUCAUAUAAUUCAAAUUUAAAAUCUAUAAUUUGAAUAGUUUUUUUAAGCAUUUAAAUUAAGAAAGAAAUAAUUAUGGAUUCAACAUUAUGUUUACCUUCGUCUAAAAAAGAGAUUGAAGAAUUAAUUGAAAAAACAAAAGAUUGGGCGCUCAUGCAUGGAAUGUGCAUGAGAUCUAAAGAAAAUUUUAAUAAAAAUGUCUUACAAUUUGCACCAUUCAUUCUAAUGCCAUCUCCAUUUCCUAGAAAAGAAUUUAUAAAUGCUUGUCAGAUUCAAGUAAUAUUAAAUAUGCUUAUACAUAGAGUUGCUCAAGAUUAUAAUUUUUUAAAAGAAACUUUAGAAGAAACAAUUAAAGUUGAUAAUUUUACUAAAGAAUUAUUUGAAAUUUGUAAAAUUAUAAACAAUGAAGGAGGUUCAGUACAAAAAAUAUCUCUUGGUAUAUUACGUUCAGACUUAAUGUUGGAUACAACUUGUCCAGAAAAAGAUAAAAAUAAAAAUAUAUAUUGUUGUUGGAAACAAGUUGAGAUAAAUACAAUUGCAUCUGGCUUUGGUUGGUUAGGACCUGCUUCAACUGAAUUACAUAAGUUUGUUUUAAAAGAGCUUGGUUACCAUAAAGAAAUAAAAAAUCUUCCAGAAAAUAAUGCAUUACAAAUAAUAUGUUCAAGUAUGAUUAAAGCAUGGAUGAUGUAUGGAAAUCAACAAGCAGUAAUUUUGUUUGUCAUUGAAGAUAUUACAUAUAAUAUUUGUGAUCAACGUUUUCAUGAAUUUGAAAUUAGAAAACAAAAUCCAAAUGUCAGAAUCAUUCGUAGAAAUUUAACACAAUUAACAGCUACUGCUAAAUUGGGCUACAAAAAAGAAUUGAUAGUAGAUAAUUAUAUUGUAGCUGUAGUGUAUUACAGGUGUGGUUAUGAACCUGGACAAUAUCACACACAAAAAGAAUGGGAAGUAAGAUUACUAAUAGAAAGAUCUUUAGCAAUUAAGUGUCCUACUAUUCAGUAUCAUUUAGCAGGAACUAAAAAAGUUCAACAAACUCUUGCAAAGCCAGGUGUAAUUAGUAGAUUUUUAAAAAAUGAAAAAACAUGUGCAGAAAUUACAGAAAUAUUCACUGAACUUUAUGGAUUAGACUUUGAUGAACAUGGAGAUGCUGCUAUAGAAAUGGGAAUCUCAGAUCCACAUCGUUUUGUAUUAAAACCUCAACGAGAAGGAGGUUGUAAUAAUAAAUAUGGAUUAGAUAUAAAACAUUUCUUAGAAUCUGUAAAAAAUAAACAAGAUAGAGUAGCUUGGAUUCUUAUGGAUAAAAUUCGUCCUCCAAUUCAUAAAAGUUACAUGGUUAGACCUGAAAUUAAUAUAGAUACUGAACUUCAAGAAUUAGUUUCUGAAUUAGGAAUUUUUGGUGUUAUAAUAGCAGAUGAAAAUAAUGUAUAUGUUAACAAACAAAGUGGUCAUAUGUUACGAACAAAGUUAGCUACUGCUAAUGAGGGUGGUGUUGCAACAGGAUUAGGUGCAUGUGACAGUCCAUUUUUAGUAGAUUAAAAAUGAAAUCUUAAUUAUUAAUAAUACAUAGAAUAAUACAUUAAAUAAAAUUUUAUUUUAUUAUAAUGAUUAUAUUGAACCAUUAACUAAUCAAAUUUAAUUAGUUUAUAUAGCAUAAUAUUUAUACAUAAUAUUUCUAAUAUUUAUUCUAACAUACAUUUAUAUCAUAAAUAAUUAUUUAUAUAUAAAAUCCCCAUUUAAAUAUUUUUUAUACAUCUUUUCUUUCAAUUAAAUAUAAAGUUAAUUUUUUUAUGUUUUAAUUUUACAUUUAUAUUUAAUACAUAAUACAUAAUAUAUUAUUAAUAUUUUUCUUCUGGGUAAUAUAUAUAUGUAUUUAUAUAUAUUAUAUUUUUUAUGUUUAUAUUUAUAUAUUUUAUUUGAUUAAAUUAAUUUUUUUAAAUAUUGAUUAAAUGAUUAUAAAUUUAUUAUAAUGGAUUAUAAAUAUAUUUUAUUAUAUCCUUUUAAUUUUAUAACAUUAUUAUUAUAUUUUCGUUAAUAAAAAUUUUUAUAUUAACGACAUGUUUCAAGAAAUUUAUAUAGGCAUAUAGAUAAUAAAAUAUUAUUAAUGUAAUUAUAUUAAAAUAAUUAAAAUUAUAUUAAAAAGCAAUAUAUAACAAAAAUAUUUAUUAUAUAUUUAAAAAAUGUAUACUUUGUACAAUUAUAUAAUUUAUAUAAUUAUAUAAAAAAAUAUAACAAUUUUAAUAAA